CAAGACGCGUUUUGCUUCGUACGGCUGCCCCCGAGCGAUUUGACCGCGUGCAAGAUGAUCCUCACGCAGUGCGCCGUCUGCGCCACCGACCUUGGCCUAACUUUGGGCAAGAAAUGCGGCCGCUGCAGCACGCGCUAUUGUGGGGCUGAAUGCCAGGUGCAGCACUGGCAAGAGGGUGGCCACGAUAAUCUCUGCAAGAAAAUAAAGAAAGCAGGCGGCGCAGAGCAAUACAACGCAAAUACGAAGUAUACGGAGGCCGUCGCGGUCGCGGCGGAGGCGUGCGCGGAUGACACGGAGGGCCAGACGUGCUUCAUCUGCACGCAGGCCCUCCACUGGAAGACAAAGGAGGGCCUCGUGCGCGGGUGCGCGUGCCGCGGGACGGCGGGCUUCGCGCACGUGUCGUGCUUGGCGGAGCAGGCGAAGAUUUUAUUCGAGGAGGCCGUGGAGAACAAUUGGGGUGAGAAAGUCGUGAAUGAGAGAUGGGCGCGGUGGUACUCGUGCAGCCUGUGCGAGCAACGCUACCACGGCGACGUGAAGUGCGCGCUCGGGUGGGCGUGCUGGAAGACGUACGCGGGGCGGCCGGAGACGGACUGGGCUCGGCGCUUGGCGAUAGAGGUGCUCGGGAACGGUUUAUUCGGCUCAAAAGACAACGAGGCCGCGUUGUCCGUGCAACUGGCCGAGUUGGCUAUGAAGCGGCGACUUGGCUCACGAGAGGAAAACAUACUCGUCGCGCAGAACAAUCUUGCAAACACCUAUGAAAAGCUAGGACGCGUCGAAGAGGCCCUACGCAUGCGGCAGGAAGUUUACUCUGGACGUUUGAAACUCUAUGGCGAAGAAAACGAGAGAACCCUUAUUUCGGCCAACAACUACGCGUCGACUCUUGUCACUCUAGAGCGCUUCGAAGAAGCCAAGUCGGUGCUGCGCAAGACGAUGCCGGUGGCGCGGCGCGUUCUUGGAGAGGGUAAUGAUCUUACGCUCAGGUUGAGGUGGAAUUACGCGAAGGGGCUCUACAAGAACUCCGCCGCCACGCUCGACGACCUCCGCGAGGCCGUGAAUACACUCGAGGACGCGGGACGGACCGCGCGGCAAGUGCUCGGUGGCGCGCACCCGCUCACAGAGGGAAUUAAGGGAGACCUGCGGUGGAGCUCCCGGGCGAUACUUACUGCGGCUUCGCGUAAGUAAACACAGCGAUUAUUUAGACGA